CCAAAACUUGUCAAUCAGGGAAGAAGAAAAGAAAAAAGGAAAGACAUAUGAAAAGAUGAUCAACACUCAAUGAAGAAUCAUUGAAUACCCACCAACAAUCACUGAUAAAUUCACCAACCUAAAUUUAUAUUUUAUAAUAUAAAUUGUAUUAAAUUCUGCUUUCAUUUAUGAAGCUCAAUAUCUGACAGUUCCAAACUGGCUUCUUGCCUUCCCAAUAUACCCUUGUCUCUGCUUCUCUCUCUCACUCUCUCCUUUCAAAAUUACCUUGACACAUAUUGAGUUGUGAUAUUAUCUUCAGGGCAAAACAAAAAAAAAAAAUACUGCUAAGUAAGAUUAUGCUUGGAGAAGGAAUGGAGCUGCUUAUGCUCUGCACAGAGACAAAAGUGCUUCACUUGGGUUGCUGUUUGUUUUGUUGGCUCUGAUAGACUUGCAAAGCCAGACAAGGCACUAUUUUUGGAUUUUCUGGCCAUCACGAGAGCUCCUAUAAUCACCUUGUAUUUGAAACCCAGAAAACCGCUCAAAAGUUGUACUUGUUGGCGGUAUUGGCUUUUAAUGGACUGUGCACAACUUGGAAAAGUGUUGUCUUGGGUUGACUCAGAACUAGUUAUAUUAUGGUGCGGGUGUUUUGAAGUUUAGAAGAGAUAAGAGGGUUGAGGUGGUUGAAGGUGUUGCCUUUCAGUGUCUUUCUUCUUUCUUGUUGUCUCAAAGUUUUGACCUUUUUGGCUCAAAUGGAUUUUGGUUUCUUUGGUUCUGUACUAAUUCUAUCACUCUUCUUCAAGCAUUUUACUUGUCAACUACCCAAUACGGAUGAGUUCUAUGUCUCUGACUUCUUGAAGAAGAUGGGCUCAAACUCUUCCUUGUCCUACAACUUCUCUGCUUCUGUUUGUUCAUGGGAAGGGGUGCACUGUGACACCAAGAUGGAGAAUGUUAUUGGCUUAAAGGCUUCAGGUUUAAGCCUCUCUGGUUUGAUUCCUGAUACCACCAUCGGAAAGCUAACUCAGCUUCAGUCUUUGGAUCUUAGCAAUAACAAUAUCACCGCUUUGCCUUCAGAUUUGUGGAGUUUAGGCUCAGUUAAGAGUCUUAAUCUCUCCUCCAACAGGAUUUCAGGGUCUCUCCCUAACAAUAUUGGCAACUUUGGUCUGAUUGAAGUUAUUGAUCUUUCUGGCAAUAAUUUCUCUGGGGAAAUUCCAACGGCUAUAAGCUCCUUAGCUAAUUUGCAGGUUCUUAAGCUUAAUGGAAAUGGAUUUCAAUGGAGCAUUCCGACAGGAAUUCUGCUUUGCCAGUCUUUGGUUUUGCUCGAUCUCUCUUCAAAUCGUUUAAAUGGUUCCUUGCCAGAUGGUUUUGGUGCAGCAUUUCCUGAGCUGAGAACGUUAAACCUUGCCAGAAAUGAGAUUUAUGGCCGAGACACGGAUUUUGCGGAAAUGAAGUCUCUUACAAGCCUUAACAUUUCCGGGAAUUUGUUUAAGGGUUCAGUUAUGGGUGUGUUUCAAGGGCAGCUGGAGGUGAUAGACCUCAGCAAGAACCAGUUUCAAGGUCACAUUUCUCAGGUACAAUUCAAUUCUACUUACAAGUGGUCUCAUUUGGUUUAUCUAGACUUGUCUGAAAAUCAGUUUAGUGGAGAAAUUUUUCAAAAUUUGAGUCAAGCUCAGAAUCUUAGGCAUCUAAAUCUUGCAGACAAUAGAUUUGUUAGACAGAAAUUCCCAAGAAUUGAAAUGCUUCUGGGUUUGAAGUAUCUCAAUUUGUCUGAAACCAGCCUCAUUGGUCAUAUUCCUGGGGAAAUUUCACAACUGAGUAAUUUACAUACACUUGAUAUUUCAUCAAACCAUCUUACCGGCCAAAUUCCAUCACUGGCUAACAAAAGCCUCAAAGUAUUUGAUGUUUCACACAACAAUUUGAGUGGAGAAAUUCCUAUUUCUAUCUUGGAAAAACUCCCAUGGAUGGACAGAUACAACUUCUCUUACAACAACUUAACCCUUUGUGCUUCACGGUUCUCCCCUGAGACCUUCAAAACCGCCUUUUAUGGGUCACUAAACAGCUGUCCAAUUGCUGCAAAUCCCGUCCUUUUCAAAAGAAGAGACAACAGACACAAGGGGUUUAAGCUUGCCUUAGCUUUAACCUUCUCCAUGGUCUGCUUGCUUGCUGGGUUGCUAUUCCUAGCCUUUGGUUGCAGAAGGAAGUCCAGGACAUGGGUAGUUAAACAACCCUCGUACAAGGAGGAACAGAAUAUUUCUGGUCCCUUUUCCUUCCAAACUGAUUCAACCACAUGGGUGGCUGAUGUUAAGCAGGCAACAUCAGUCCAGGUAGUCAUAUUUGAGAAACCACUACUGAACAUCACGUUUGCAGACCUCUUGUCUGCAACUUCAAAUUUUGAUCGAGGCACUCUACUAGCGGAAGGAAAAUUUGGGCCAGUUUAUAGAGGAUUUCUUCCUGGUGGAAUUCAUGUAGCUGUUAAAGUUUUGGUUCAUGGAUCAACGUUGACAGACCAAGAAGCUGCAAGAGAGCUCCAGUAUCUUGGUCGAAUCAAGCACCCCAAUCUUGUUCCAUUAACCGGAUAUUGCUUGGCUGGGGAUCAAAGGAUUGCUAUUUAUGAUUACAUGGAGAACGGGAACUUGCAGAAUUUGCUACAUGACUUGCCACUUGGUGUUCAGGCUAUAGAAGACUGGAGCACAGAUACCUGGGAAGAAGACAACGGUGGGAUACAAAAUGUGGGCUCUGAAGGGUUAUUGACAACCUGGGCAUUUCGACACAAAAUAGCCCUUGGCACUGCACGAGCUUUGGCAUUUCUUCAUCAUGGCUGCUCACCUCCAAUAAUUCACAGAGAUGUUAAAGCUAGUAGUGUUUAUCUUGACUUAAAUUUGGAGCCAAGACUAUCUGAUUUUGGAUUGGCCAAGAUUUUUGGAACUGGUCUUGAGGAUGAAAUUGCCCGUGGAUUACCUGGAUAUGUGCCACCAGAGUUUUCUCAGCCUGAAUGUGAUGCCCAAACACCAAAAUCUGAUGUAUAUUGCUUUGGUGUUGUUUUGUUUGAGCUAAUCACCGGGAAAAAGCCAAUUGGAGAUGAUUAUACAGAGGAGCAAGAAGCAAAUUUAGUGAGUUGGAUUAGAGGAUUGGUGAGAAGGAACCAAGGAUCAAGAGCUAUUGAUCCUAAAAUUCGUGAUACAGGGCCAGAUUACCAAAUGGAGGAGGCCCUCAAGAUUGGAUAUCUGUGCACAGCUGAUCUUCCUACCAAGCGGCCAAGUAUGCAACAGAUUGUUGGCCUUCUCAAAGAUAUCGAACCAAGAGCUUCUCAAUGAAAACCAAUGAAUAUAAGUUGUCCUCGUUUCUUUUUCACUAAAUUUGUUCUUUUUUGACCAUGAGUUUUUCCUUAUGCCACCACGGGAGGGGAUGUACAGUAAUCGUUAUGUCUUGGACUCUGUUGAUAGCUUUCUAUUCACCUGUCCAUUGUCUGCAUCAUAGUUUAAUCUACAAUGUUAUAUACACGAGUUGGAUCCUUGAAACUUGAAGAUAGAAUUCGGCUUUCAAGUUUUUCUUA